CACUCGUCUAUAUGUAAACAGUACAUAGUAUGCGCCAGCCGAUACAACUAAAGGGCUCGUUCUGGCCUCCGUGCAACAAUAGUAAAGUGUGCUUGGAGGAUCAGCGCUGCAACUUUCGCGUCGACGUGCCUAAUGGAGGGGUUUUCGUUACGACCUUUCCAACAAGAUCGCGACGCAGCAUUAAUGGUGAAAAUGUCGUGGCUUUCAAUUACCACAGGUUGGCGAUAAGAGGCCCUCCAUGGCACAAGCUCCUGUGCUUUUUCUACUUGGCAUGGCCCUUACUUCGACCACUCGUGAUCCAAUGUGCCAGCUUGUCAUUUAUCCGUGUCAUAAUGCGAGGCUGAUGACGAAGGAAGAGCGGAAGGCGAGCCUGUGGGAGUGCCAGCGCCAGUGCUGCUGCAAGGAAAAGACCGGACCGAUGUCGGGAAGCCAAGCGGCCGAUGCUGUCUCGCUGAUCUCAGCCAGGCCGGGAUUUUUCAGCGCUUCUGGCUUAGGCCUCAGUCCCAGUCAUCUCUAAUGUUCAGCAAGUCGUGGUGUUUGUGUCCAAAGUACGGAGUCGUCCACCAUCAUUCGGGAGUCCGUUUUAUCACCACGUCGCUCCCAGCGCCCUUGCCGUUUUCUAUAUCCUCCACCUCCGCUAGCUUCUCUCUCGUUCUCACUCGCGCCGCCCAUCGGGGCGACGUCGAGAGUCGAAAAACCCUCACAACCGCGCUGCUUCCUGCCCGGCCUUGUGUCAACUGCGUGUGCACGUCAUGACAUCUACCCUGCUCAAUGACCCGGAGCAAAUCGCGACGCUGCGAAGGCAGCUUUUCAAUCUCACCGACGAGAUUGUGCUCUCUAAACACGACUGGCAAGCCAUGUGGCCCUUCGUCGAUAACAUGUGGGUCGAGCGCAAUGCGUCACGCGCAAAGGACCGACAGCAGUUCAACUGCCGCAUAUGGCGCAAUGAUAGCGACAAGAAAGCCGGCUCCGGCCGCCGAAAUCGCGUACGUCGUGAUGUCGAGCCUUGCGGCAUGAAGAUGUACGUUAUCCGCAAAGAUGACAACGUGGUGAUUAGUAGAUGUCCUGGCAGAACUCAUGAUGUGAAGGAGCACAACCACGAUCUUAGCUACUUGGAUAAGGUCAAGACUCCGAGCGCAAUCAUGAGAAUCGCGGCAGACAUCAUGUCUGCUGGCAAGACCCCAGGCGAAGCUGUCAAGGAAAUUAGGAAUCUUCCUAUCGUACAAGCGCUGGAGAAGGACGGCGGUCUCUACAUCGACACCAACCGCGUUCGGAAUGCCCACAAAGCAAGCACAAAUGCGAACUACGCAGCGAUUCAGCGACGAAACUUCUUUGCAGCACCAUCAAGCGUUGGCGCUCCCGACACGGCAGUUAUGGGUUCAGCCGCUAGCAUCGGCCAUGACCCGGGCCUCCACGUUUCCUGCCAGUGCGGCGCCGCUCAGUUUGCAACGCCGUUCGCAAAACCUCUUGACCUCUACCUCUGCCACUGUCUGGACUGCCAGAAGCAGUCUGCAUCCGCAUAUGGAACGUCUGCCAUAUAUCCUGCCGACUUUCUCUUCCCUCUGUCCGCCUCCCUUCGGGACCAACUCACUCUUUACCGACGGCCAUCCAAGCAUGGCGGCACAGUCGAGUGCUACUUUUGUAAAACUUGCGGCUCGCAUCUAUUUCACCGACGUGUUGAAGCGGACGGGACACCACAUACGACGGUCAGCAUAAAGGGCGGCGUCAUCGAAGGCUUGGAUUGGGCAAAUCCCACACACAUCUGGACGAGCAGGGCAGUCGUGUCCGUGCCGCCUCAGUCGUGGAGAGAAAGUCCGGAGCCUUCCUUGUCACAACCUAUGAACCGUGCAAAGGACGCACUUGCUAUAGGUAGUGCGCUAAUAGGGGAAACACAAGAGCCGGCGAAGAUGGACUCUGUUGACGCAGCAAUCAACCCUGAUCUGCCGACGUUUUCCUUUCCUUCGUAGUAUAUGAGCGGUGAUUUCAGCUCAAAGGCCCUUUCUCUCUCAAAAUUCUAUGGUUAUAUCGCAAAUAUUUUGGCUAGUGUCUUAAUCACGGCACGCUCGUGUGGAAUUCUCACGACGUAAUGAAUGCAUGACGGGUAACGUAAUGCUGGGAUGCAAUAUGCGAACAGAAAUCCGAAGAUCUAAUUGUGACUUCGAUAAGAUGAUCAUUUGCUAAAUUGUUCCAACCAAAUCCUCAUGGUCUGUCAUCAUGUACCACUGAAGCGGAUGCUCUCGUGGCUUAACGCUCAGUUAGCAAGUGGGCUGUUACGUUUCUCUGCUUUGUUUUCUAGCUGCUUUGGCCUCGUAGAAUCAUCCGCGGCACCUCAUGCCAUCGGAAAUUAGGAACUCGUGUAAUCGAAUGCAUCAUCAUAGCAUUUCCCC